AUGGCUACCAGAUCAAUUUCACUCUCAAACUUCAACAAAUCAACCCUUCUCAUACAAAAUUCUUUUGAAAAGAUUCUCAAAUCUGUACAAGAGCUUGAAACACUUUCCCCCUCAAUCUUGUCAGUGAUACAAAUCAGAACUUUAAACAACUUCUCGAACCAGUUAGAAAAGAAACAUGAAGCCUAUGAAAAUUACCUGGAAAGAGCCUUGGAACAUAUAUCAGAAGAAUUAGAUUUGGAUGCAGUAAGUGACACUGAAGACAAACUGCGACUGCUAUUCGUCGAAGCCAAGUCUCGGAUUGAAGCCCUUCUCCAACAGCAGCCGCAAGAUGUUCCAGAAGAAAGUAAAGAUUCAACAAGAAUUAGUGACAUCUCAGCUUCAUCAUCUGCUCACGUAAGACUCCCAAAACUAGACCUCAUCACGUUUGAUGGUUCUCCUCUACAGUGGGUAAGUUUCAUCAACUUAUUUGACACUAGCAUCCAUCUGAAUGAAAGCAUUUCAAACGUCACUAAAUUUCAAUAUCUUCUCAGCGUGCUCAAAAAUGAACCACUAAAUCUCGUAAAAGCUUUCAGUAUCACUUCAGCCAAUUACUCAAUUGCCUAUCAGCUCCUCAGAGACAGAUACCACAACACCCGAAGGUUAACUACACUUCACCUCAACAAACUGAUCGACCUACCGGACAUUUCCUCUACCUCAAACAAAUGUCUCAGAACGUUCCUCAACUUGUUUUAUGAACACACAGAAGCACUUAAAGCUCUUGACUGUGACAUUACUUCUAACUCUAACCCUCUGUUGUCCACGAUACUCUUACGAAAACUAGACAAUGACCUUCUAAAACAACUAGAGGCUUUUAGAAUUAAUAUAAAAUGCGAAACACAUUCUCUACCAGAAGUAGUCGAAAUAGUCAAGUUUCUUAAUCAAGAGUGUAACCAAAUGGAAGACGCUGUGUUACAUACCAAGUUUGCUCAAAGUACGAACAACCACAAUUCAAAUUUUAAACCCAAAUCUUUCACAUCCAAGCCCUCUUUCAUUCAAGCUCAGAAAGUUACAAUGGUCUCUACUCCAACUCCAUCAAAUCAAGACAACUCAAAAAAUCCUUUCUCAUUUCCCUGCUUUGUCUGCUCAUCAACUGGCCACAAGGUUUAUGCUUGUCCUAGCUUUCUCUCUCUUUCUUCAAAUGAACGUUUUAAAACCGUAAAGGACAACAACAGAUGUGUCUCUUGCCUCGGAAAACAUGAUGUUAAAACAUGUAAGUCUAAAGCAUCUUGCUUCAAAUGCCACAAACGUCAUCACACCUUACUUCAUUUUGAACAUGACAAGACAUCUCAAGGUUCUACAUCAUCACAACCAUCAACCACUCAUGUUUCGAAUGAAAAACCUACCGUAUCUCUUUGCUCACAGGAAGCCAGUCCUGCUAAUCAAAUCCCUAAAACUGUAAUUUUAGGCACAACACUGGUUAAAGUUACUGCUCAAAAUAACGUUUCUCAUGUGUUCAGAGCAUUGAUUGAUAGUGGCAGCAUGUGUGAUUUUAUUAGUGAAAAAGCUGCUCAACUACUGAAUGCACCUCGUUUCAAAUCCAACUUACAAGUAGUUGGUCUUUCUCAAUCUCCAACUCUCACAAAGGGUAUUGUGAACCUCACUGUUAACACACUGGCAGGAAAAUUAGUUGCAUCCAACCAUGAAGUGCACAUACUUGAUAAAAUAUCUAUCAAUCUCCCUAGAUCUCAAAUAUCACAAAGAGUUCUAUUGAAAGUAAAACCUUACCCCCUUGCUGAUCCCAGCUUCCACUUAUCAGGGCCCAUUGACAUGCUGAUCGGAGCUUCUCUCUUCCCUCUUCUUUUAACGAAUGAAAACUAUUCUCUCGGCCCUAACAUGCCUAACAUGAUGGGAACUCACUUUGGCUUUGUUGUUAUGGGGAAUGCACCUUGUUCAACCGAUUCCCAGCCUGCCAACACUCCAUCCAUCUCUCUGCUCUCAACGGUUGACAACGAAUUGCAUAACUCUCUACAGAAAUUUUGGAAAUUAGAGGAAUUAUCUGUACCCUCAAAGAUAUCGGUUGAAGAGCAACAGUGUGAAGAUCUGUUUAAAGCUACCCACUCUAGGGACGAAAAUGGCCGUUACUUAGUUCAGCUACCAUUUAAAGAAAAUCAUCCACCUUUAGGAUCUUCCAAACUCAUCGCAGAACGACGUUUUCACUCACUUGAACGACGUUUUACACUCUCUCCUGAUUUGUAUAAAGCUUACUCUGACAAUAUAAAUGAACACAUCUCUCAAGGUCAUAUGGUAAAACUACCUCAUCUAGAUAUCAACUCUCCUCACUAUUUCUUGCCACACCAUGCAGUUGUGAAACCAUCCAGUACCUCAACUAAACUCCGAAUCGUUUAUGAUGCAAGCUGCAAAACCAGCUCUGGAAUUUCCCUCAAUGAUUCUCUCAUGACCGGCCCUAAAUUACAGACCAACAUUUGUGAUAUAUUGCUACAUUUCAGAAUACACAAUAUCGUUUUCACUUGCGAUAUUCGCCAAAUGUAUCUUCAAAUCUUAAUCAAACCUUCCGAUCAACUGUUCCAACUCGUCUUGUGGCGUGACAAUCCCUCUGAAGAUAUAUCCACAUACAAACUCACUCGAGUGACUUUUGGAGUAAAUAGCUCACCCUACUUAGCGAUUCGUACCCUCCACCAGUUAGCUGAAGACGAAGGUAAAGACUUCCCUGAAGCAGCAAAUGUCUUGCGCACUCAGACUUACGUAGACGACAUUGUAACUGGAGCAGACACGGUAGAUGAAGCAAAGAACCUUCAAAAUCAACUCAUUCAACUACUCAACCGUGGACACUUUGAACUUCGAAAAUGGACUUCAAAUUCUCCCGAGCUUCUUCAGUCUCUUCCAGACACUCAUAAAGACUCUCCAGUCUUUCUUGAAAAUACACCUGAUCCCCAUUUCUCAAUUCUUGGCUUACACUGGUCUCCAGACUCGGACAAUUUUUCAUUUCAUCUCAACCUACCGCCAAAAACACUAACUAAACGUCACGUUCUCAGUCUAGUCGCUAAAAUAUACGAUCCUUGUGGAUUUCUUAGCCCAUGUACUAUGACAGCGAAAUGUUUUAUUCAACUUCUCUGGACGACCGGUCUACAAUGGGAUGAACCUCUCACUCCAGAACUUAGUGCAAUUUGGAGUAACUUUAUCUCAGCGAUACCAGCACUUGCAGACAUUCAGAUCCCUAGAGCAUUGAAAAUCUCUCCAAAUUCUAGUGUUGAACUUCACGGCUUCUCAGACGCCUCUGAACGUGGGUUUUCAGCUGUUGUCUAUGUACGAUGUUCCCAACCCAACGGAGAAGUGACCACACGUAUGGUUUUAUCUAAAACUAGAGUCGCCCCUCUCAAGAAGGUGACUCUUCCACGAUUAGAACUCUGCGCUGCCCACUUAUUAGCUCAACUCGUAAACUUCUGUUGUUCUUCAUUCAAACCCUUAAUUUCACUCAACCAAUGUUAUUUGUGGUGUGAUUCUUCAGUAACCUUGACAUGGCUUCAAACUCCAUCUUACAGGCUGAAAACAUUCGUGGCUAACAGAGUCACCCAAACACAAGAACUUGUCCCCUAUCACUGUUGGCGUUACAUCCCUAGCAAGGAAAACCCUGCUGAUUGUGCUUCAAGAGGUAUUCUAGCCACUGAGCUUGUGUCUCACCCCCUUUGGUGGUCAGGGCCUUCUUGGCUUUCUCUUCCCCCUUCAAACUGGCCUGAUGUAACUUUUUCACCUACAGAUAUCUCAACAUUAGAUGAAGUAAAACACACUCCUCUAACUGUACUUGUGUCAACUACCACUGAAUCUACGCUGACCAAUCUUCUCAUUAAAUAUUCUUCAUGGGAACGACUUCUUAGGAUUUUUGCUUACGUCCUUCGUUUCAUACACAACUGUAAAGGUUCUGAAAAACGCCAAGGUUUCAUCUCAACACAGGAACUGAAAGACACAAAAUAUCACAUUUUUAAACUUGUACAAAAAGAAGUAUUCACAGAAGAAAUCAACUGCCUCAAACGGAAAUCAUUUUGCUCCACUCGUUUACAACGUCUUUCACCUUUCAUUGACUCAUUUGGAUUAUUGCGUGUUGGAGGACGUCUUUCUCAGACAUCACUUCCUGAAGAUGCUCGACAUCCCAUUAUUCUGCCAAAAAAGCAUCAUGUGGUAAAUCUCCUCAUUGACCACUACCAUAUCUACAAUCUUCAUUCAGGCCCUCAGCUUACUCAAGCAUUACUUUACAAACAUGUUUGGAUACUGUCUGCCCGUUGUGCCAUACGCUCUCGUAUCCAUAAAUGUGUCAGAUGUUUCAAAGUCAAACCUAGAAAUGUGUGUCCUCUCAUGGCUGAUCUCCCUCAGUCUCGUGUAACUCCUGCUCGACCUUUCCUCCACACCGGCAUAGAUUAUGCAGGGCCUUUUACUGUAAAAAUCUUCAACCUCAAGGCAGUGAGACACAUAAAGUCAUACUUUUGUACUUUCAUCUGCCUCGUCACGAAAGCUGUACAUUUGGAAGUAGUAACAGACCUAACGACUGAAUCUUUCAUUGCUGCAAUGACUCGAUUUGUAUCUCGCAGAGGACAUUCUUCCGACAUUUACUCGGAUUGUGGGUCCAACUUCAUUGGUGCUGACUCUACCCUACGCAAGAUUGUUGAAAAAUCUCUUUAUUGUCAAGACUCCAAACGGAAGAUUCAACGAUUCUCUUCACUUAAAGGCAUCAAUUUUCAUUUUAAUCCACCAGCCGCUCCGCAUCAAGGAGGAUUGUGGGAAUCGUCUGUAAAGAAUGUGAAACAUCAUCUCCGUCGAGUAAUGGGAAACUCAGUCUUAACACUCAUUGAAUUCAUCACAUUGUUGACCCAAAUCGAAGCAAUGCUCAAUUCCCGACCACUGACACCUCUUUCAAAUGAUCCUUCGGAUCUCGCAGCACUGACUCCCGGACACUUCCUGAUUGGUGCACCCCUCACAGCAGUACCUGAACCUAAUCUCCUGACAGUUCCUGAAAACCGUCUCAAGCAAUGGCAGCUAGUUCAAGCAUUUCAUCAACGCACAUGGCAUAGAUGGCACCUAGAAUACUUAAACAACUUGCAACAACGUACCAAGUGGACUCGGAAAUCAAAAAAUCUUGAAGUGGGUGACCUUGUUCUGGUACAUAUGGACUCACCACCUCUCUCGUGGCCUCUCGCUCGAAUUACAGCAGUUCAUCCAGGGGCUGAUGGGGUUGUGCGAGUGAUAGACUUAAAAACAUCAAGUGGCAACCUCAGAAGAUCUGCCCACAAAGUGUUUCCCCUGCCAACUGUGGAUUCGUGA